AAGUAUAAAAGGCACGCACGGCAGCCUCAGACUGUAUCAUAAAUCUCGCACAGCUCAACCACUGCACUCGUAAGGCCCUCGUCGUGCAAUCAACCUGCAAAAAAAAACCCCAACCAGCAAAAUGAAAUUCUUGGCUAUCGCUGUGCUCGUGCUCGUCGCUUCGGUCUACGCCGAUGAUCAGCCGAUGGAGUCGAUGAAGGCGAAGCGUGGCAUUCACUUCGGUCUGGGAUACCAUCACGCCCCGGCCGUGGUGUCGCACUCGUACGUUGCCCCCGCACCGGUGAUCGCUCACUCGGCCCCGCUGGUGGCUGCCCCGGUUGCGUACCACGCCCCGAUCGCCAAGACGUACGUUGCCCACGCGCCGGUUCUGCACCAUGCGCCGCUCGCCGCCUACCAUGCGCCGCUGUACCACAGCGCCGUCUACUCCACCCUGCACCGUCGUUAAGCGAGCAAUCGCCGGACCCACCGUUUGCCUCUUAGCGUCCAACUCUAGCAUUAUGCGUGUGUGUUGCGUUUAGCUGAAAAUAAACAAAAAAUA